CAGUUAUUAUAAGACCCCUGAAAUAUCAAAACAGAGUCUGUUGAACAACAUUAGUAACAAACAAGUUACACUUUGUGUUUAAACAAGAAUUAUGAUAUUUUAAUAAGAUUGUCUCGACAAAUCAAAUUUCUACAAAAUGAGUUUCCUUACAUUCCGAUCUGGAGCUGAUAUUGAUAUCAUACUGGAUGGAGCCGAGAACAGGAAAUUGGCUGAGAUAAAGUCAGAGGAUGGCAAAAAGGACAGGUAUUACCUUUAUUAUGAUGGUGAAACUGUUUCAGGAAAGGUUAACAUUACAUUAAAAAAGCCUGGAACCAAGUUAGACCACUUAGGAAUCAAGGUUGAAUUUAUCGGCGAAAUAGAGUUAUAUGCUGAUAGAGGUAAUCACCAUGAAUUCAGCUCUCUUGUUAAAGAUUUGGCUCGACCAGGUGAUUUGAUACAAAAUACUAGUUAUUCUUUUGAAUUCGUCAACGUUGAAAAGCCAUAUGAAUCCUAUACUGGAACUAAUGUUCGUUUAAGAUAUUUUAUUCGUGUAACCAUUGUAAGAAGAUUAUCGGAUAUAAUCAAAGAGAUGGAUAUAAUUGUUCAUACGUUAGCAUCAUAUCCAGAGGUUAAUUCUCCUAUUAAGAUGGAAGUUGGUAUCGAAGAAUGUUUACACAUUGAAUUUGAAUACAAUAAAUCCAAGUACCACUUGAAAGAUGUGAUUGUGGGUAAAAUAUACUUUCUCUUAGUGAGAAUCAAAAUCAAACAUAUGGAGAUUGCAAUCAUUAAAAAAGAGUCGACUGGAAUCGGCCAAAAUACCUUUAAUGAAAAUGAAACCAUUGCUAAAUAUGAAAUAAUGGACGGUGCUCCUGUUCGUGGUGAAUCCAUUCCUUUGCGGUUAUUCCUAGCUGGUUACGAGCUAACUCCAACAAUGAAAGAUAUUAACAAAAAAUUUUCAGUUCGCUAUUUUCUCAACUUAGUGCUCGUCGAUGAGGAGGAGCGAAGAUAUUUCAAGCAGCAAGAAAUUAUUUUAUGGCGUAAAGGAGAGAAAACUCGUAAACAAAUCCAAUCACAGGCUCCUCAGUCCAGUGAAGUUAAAUGAUUCUCAUUUUUCCCAGCAAAAUUAAUCAAUUUAUCUAUUUCCCCUGUCUAUCACAUUUUUUGGCUUUUUGUCACCUUUUUCUCUUCCGUCGAUCAUGAAACAACAUGGGAUAGAAUUAUAAGCUAAUUUAGAACUUUAUCAAAUGGAUAUUUCUUUCUUUGAAUAUUUGUUGUCUUGUUUUUAGGACAUCACUGUUACAAAGAGUUUUGGUGAUUCCAUGAGAAAACAAUCAUUGUAUUAAUUUAAAGAAUCUACCAAUUUCUUAUGAUGUUUGACUUUUUUGGUCACAAAUAAAAGCUAACAUGGAUCGUAGUUGAAAGAAGUGAACAUAUUGAUAUUUUCGGUCUGUUGUUCACUGAAUCACACAAAAAGGAUAUAAUCUUAUUUAAUCUUCUCCUACUUUCCAUCUCUAUCAUGAUUUAAAAUGCUCAUCAUUUAUAAAACUAAAUAAAGGGUGUAUUUAUUAAACAAGAAA